AUGGAUAUCCUUUGUGGUUUGUGAUGGACCAUCAGUGAAUAUGUAAUUGGAUUGGAAACUUUACCAAAAACCAAAAGCUAAUCAUUCUAAAAUGAUGUUCAAAGUUCCCCAUGUCUGCAGCCUGCUCUAGUGAACAUGUCUAAAUGAGUUGUUGGUCACUGGUAGGUCAAAGGUCAACUUCUCUGUUGGACCCUUGAUGUCUUCACACAGUUAAAAACCCUGCACAGGUCCCUCUGCAGUCACAAAUGUCUUUGAGACCGAAAGAACUGCUACCAUGUACUCAUACACUUUUGAUGACAUCCUAGAGGAGGCGGGCAAGUUCGGCCGAUCGCAGAAGCGUGUCUUUGCCCUGCUAUGCAUGGUCUCCAUGCCAUGGGCCGGUGUUUACGUAGGUAUUGUAUUCCAAGGGUUCACCCCAGAGCAUUGGUGCCGAGACUCAGGGGUGAGUCAGAUCCGGAAGAGCUGUGGCUGGAACCUGAUGGACACUAGAAAGAUCACGGUCCCGGUGGUUAACACCUCAGGAGUGUUGGUCCACAGCCAGUGUGAGCAGUAUGAACUGGACUGGAAUGCUACGGGUCUGACAUGUGACAACCCAGAGUCUGACCUCACUGACACCCUUCGCAGCAAAGCUCCCAUGACCUCCUGCAAGGAAGGAUGGGAGUAUGACUACAAGGGGAGACAGUCCUUUGUAACAGAGUUUGACCUGGUGUGUGCUGAUGCCUGGGUGGUGGACAUGUACCAGGCUACACUCAACGUGGGCUUCUUCAUAGGGAGCAUAGCCAUUGGAUACCUAGCUGACAGAUUUGGCAGAAAGGCAAGCUUCUUGGUGUCCAACCUCUUGAAUGGGAUUUUUGGAAUUCUUGUGGCAUGGUCUCCAAAUUGGGUAUCCAUGCUGGUCUUCCGAGCAUUAUAUGGCUUUGGUGUCAAGGGAGGCUGGGUGGCUGGAUAUGUUCUGAUCACUGAGCUGGUAGGAGUAGAGUACAGGAGGACUGUGGGAGUCGUCUACCAGAUGUUCUUCAGUGUUGGAAUUCUCAUCCUGCCCCUCAUCUCCUACUUCAUCACAGACUGGCGCUGGUUGCAGGUGGUCAUCACUGCACCUUAUAUCCUCUUCCUGUCCUACUACUGGUUUAUCCCGGAGUCUCCAAGAUGGCUUCUCUCUCAGCACAAUGCAAAGAAAGCUGUGGAGAUCACUGAGGCAAUAGCGAAAGAAAACAAGAAAACCCUCUCCAAGAACAUUGAGACGAUGAGAGACGACAAUGCCGAAACCUCAACCGCCUCGUUCAUGGACCUAAUCAGAACUCCAAAAAUGAGAAAACACACCUUCAUCCUUAGUUUCAACUGGUUCACUAGUGCUGUCGUCUACCAGGGUCUUAUCAUGCGUCUAGGAAUCCUGGGAGGAAAUGUCUACAUUGACUUUCUCAUCUCUGGUCUGGUGGAAUUCCCUGCUGCCUUCCUCAUCCUCUUUACCAUCGAUCGUAUCGGACGGCGUCUUCCCUUUGCCACAGCCAACAUUGUAGCUGGAGCAGCCUGCUUCAUUACUGCCAUGAUCCCCGAGACCAUGUUCUGGUUCAAAACAGCGGUGGCCUGCAUAGGCCGGUUGGGCAUCACCAUGGCUUUUGAGAUGGUGGUGUUUGUGAACACUGAAUUGUACCCUACGUUUGUCAGGAACCUGGGUGUGUCUGUGUGCUCCACUCUGUGUGACAUUGGAGGCAUCGUGGCCCCGUUCCUUCUCUACAGACUGGCUGCCAUCUGGCUGGAGCUGCCACUCAUCAUCUUUGGGGCCCUUGCGUUUCUGGCUGGAGCUUUGGUCUUGCUGUUGCCUGAGACCAGAGGUGUGCCACUUCCUGACACCAUCGAUGACAUUGAGUUUCCAGAAAAAUGCGAAGAAAAAGCUCUGAGGAGUAAAGAGCUGAGGAGGAAAGAGAUGACAAUGCUCUUACCCACCGCCACGAUGACCAACAAAGAACCCGAGACUGUCUGAUUCCUUCCUGGGAACUUCACGUUUUUGUGAUGAAAGUAUGAGAAAGUAGUGAUGAGCAGUAUUUUAUUAUUUUAUGUUAAAAUGACCUGUUUGUUUCAUUUGUUGUCUCUAAUACGAAUUAAGGAUUUCCUUCACCUGUACCAUGUUUCCUGGUUUUACUUAUCCGUUAGUUACAGUAUGAUUUUCCUUUUUUGAUCAUGUGUUUAAAGCAAUUUACAUAUUU